AUGAUACACCUUCUGGACCGGAUGGAACCUCGUCCUCGUGCACGGAGCACCUCCAGUGCUUCAAAGUACGGUCCUCCUAGAAGAGGCUCCAUUUCAUCCCCAAAGGCCACCCCCAAGUCUGGAUAUGACUCCUCAAGUUCCUCAGACAGGGAUGGCAUGGCUGGAGAAUUAGAUCAGAUCGGCCGUUUGAGCAUCCCGUCAUGGCCAUCGUUGAAAGACGGCUUUCCGAACUUUUCCGGCUUCCCCAGCUUUGGCAAUCUACCUCAGCUCCCGUCUUUUGAUCUACCCUACUUUGAUCUAUCAGAGGUCUCCAAGAAUGUUUCACAAUACAUGAACUCCUUGAAGGGCAAGGACGGCACCGAUGAAGACCCGGAACGCAUGAACUCGGUCAAAACUGCCGUGGCUACAAAGAUCCAGAUGAACAGUUUCCUACAAGACUUGCGAAACGGUCGAUCCCUUCAAGCUGCUAUUGAUAGACUACAGCCACUCACAGAUUUAAUUCAUGAGGUUAUCACUCUUCCUGUGGAUGGCGACGAAGAGCUCGAGAAGGAGCUGGAAACGGCAUUUGAGCCUGAAGGUGUUGGUGAAAUUGUGAACCGUGACCAACCAUUAUUGACCCAACUAGUGCCUCCCGAGGGUGAGGAAAUCGAUGGGCUUCUAGAUCCAACGCACAGACCCAGGCGAGACAGACAUAGACACAAGGCCCAUAGGCUUUUUAAACGUGCUGGCAGUGCUGUGCUUUCGGAUGAUACCCAGACAGGUAGCGACUUGGAUUACAUGGAUGAACUCACGCCCGAGGAGGCAAGGGCACUCACACAUUUGGAUUCGAUAGACGACUUUUACAAAGAGGAUCUUCUCCGCAGCAAGAUCCAGAAAAUCCAGAACUUGGCCAACCUCAGUCAGCUGUCCAAGAACAAAUUGGUAACGCGUCUCAUGAUGGGCAACUAUUACAAGUACAUCAACGAGAAGCUCUCGGAAGAAAAGGGCUUUUCGUUGCGUAAUCAGGCUGGACUCCAUUUGCCCGAGGAGAAAGACAAGGAAUGCAAACAUGAGGUUGAGGAGCAACCGCCAUUAACAAAUGAUGAAGAAUCGGUGGAUGAGAGCAUGGAGGAAGUGGAUGAUGACGAGGUGGUGUUGACUAGAGAAGAUACAUUGCCAUCUUGGUUCGAUAAAGAGAAGAACAUUUUGGGUUGCAGCCACUACCAAAGAAAUUGCAAACUCGAAUGUCCCACAUGUCUCAAGUGGUAUCCUUGCCGAUUCUGCCACGAUCAAGAGGUUCUGGAUCAUAAGCUCCAACGAAAUGCCGUCAAACACAUUCUUUGCAUGAAGUGCAAUGCUCCUCAGGUUCCAGACACCCCAUAUUGUGUCAACUGUGAAGAGGAACUAGCAAACUACUUCUGCAGCAAAUGUGUCUUGUACGAUAACGACCCCAACAAGGAUAUCUACCACUGUGAUAAAUGUGGUAUUUGCCGUUUGGGUCUUGGUAUCGGCAAAGACUACUUCCAUUGUGACGAGUGCAAUAUCUGCCUAAGCAUCGACUUGAAGGAACAUCACAAGUGUGUGACCAAUACCACCCAUUGCAACUGCCCCAUUUGCAACGAGUAUCUUUUUACAAGUGUCAGCAAGGUGGUUUUCAUGAAAUGUGGCCACCUGAUCCACGAGCUGUGCUACGACGAGAUGGUGAAACAUUCAUACAAGUGCCCUGUUUGCAAGAAGACCGUUGUGAAUGUCGAAACACAAUUCAGAAUCCUCGAUCAGGAAAUUCGCCAACUGCCUCUUCCCCACCCAUACAAUAUGUGGAGGUGCAUCAUUAGCUGCAACGACUGUAAGGGUAAAUCAAGUUGCCAAUAUCAUGUGCUUGGGCUCAAGUGCAAGUAUUGUCAAAGCUACAACACCAACCAGCUCAAACUUAUCAAGCCGGAGGAGGAAAGCGUGGACAAUUCCGCAGAAGAGGAGCUGGACGGCGACAACGAUCGUAUUGCCUCGAUGCGGCUCAUGCAAACGAACCUCAGCAGCAACUUCAUCAUCGACGAGCAAACGACAGACAAUAACACCGAGUAUGAUGCAGACUACAACAGUGAUGGUGAGGAGCUGGAUGACCAAGGCGGCAACUCCGGUAGUAUAGUGAAUUUCCGCAGGCUCACCAAGUCGCUACUAGGAAAGAGAGACGUUGACAGGACUUCAAUAACGGCAGUUUUCCAAAGCUUCAUCAAUACUACGAUUGCGGAGGUGAACUCCGAUAACGAAGUGCAGUCGGAUCCGGACAUAAUUGGUGGGUUUUAG